CCCCUUUUCACCUCCCCUCUCUCUCUCUCUCUCUCUCUUGUCUGAAAUUCGCCCGAUUAUCUCUGCGUUAAAAUCGGCGAUUCUUCCCCUCCGCCACGAGGCCGACGCCCUUUCCCCCAGCGUCGUUGGCGAAGCUCCGGGCUCAGCUCCUCUGACUUGCGGUUCCGCUGAUCUCAGAUCGACGCCUCUCGUGGCGUGGUUGGUGAUGAAAUCGAGGGAUUCUGGUUAAGCUUGUAACAGCGAAGCUCAUCGGUUAAUCGUCUUGCGAUGUCGGGUCCUCUUGAUCGGUUCGCUCGGCCUUGCUUUGAGGGAUCUUCUAGCCGUGAAGAGAGAAGAGAAAGAAAAUCUGAUUUUGAAAAUUCAGAAGAUGAGAGAAGGACAAGAAUUGGUUCUUUGAAGAAAAAAGCAAUCAAUGCAUCAACUAAAUUUCGGCGUUCUCUUAAGAAGAAAAGCAGGAGAAAGAGUGACAGUAGAGUUAUUUCAAUUGAAGAUGUACGAGAUGUUGAGGAACUGCAAGCUGUGGAUGCAUUUCGUCAGACACUGAUUUUAGAGGAAUUACUUCCUCCAAGGCACGAUGAUUAUCAUAUGAUGCUGAGGUUUCUAAAAGCAAGGAAGUUUGACAUUGAAAAGGCAAAACAUAUGUGGGCCGAAAUGCUCCAAUGGAGGAAGGAAUUUGGAGCUGACACAAUCAUGGAGGACUUUGAAUUUAAAGAGAUAGACGAAGUUCUAAAAUAUUAUCCUCAAGGUCAUCAUGGUGUUGAUAAGGAGGGAAAACCCGUUUACAUUGAAAGACUGGGAAAAGUUGAUCCAAACAAGCUUAUGCAAGUGACAACUAUGGAGCGGUACAUAAAAUACCAUGUGCAGGGCUUUGAAAAAUGUUUUUCUGACAAAUUUCCGGCUUGUUCUAUUGCUGCAAAAAGGCAUAUUGAUUCAAGCACAACAAUCAUAGAUGUGCAUGGACUGGGCUUAAAAAAUCUCAGCAAAGCUGCAAGGGAACUGCUUGACCGUCUGCAGAAGAUUGAUGGCAACAAUUAUCCCGAGACCUUGGAUCAAAUGUUCAUUAUCAAUGCUGGACCUGGUUUUAGGCUUCUAUGGAAUACAAUAAAGUCCUUUCUUGAUCCCAAAACUACAUCGAAGAUUCAUGUUCUUGGAAACCGAUAUCAGAGUAAAUUGCUUGAAAUAAUUGAUGCCAGUGAAUUGCCAGAUUUCCUUGGUGGAACUUGUACAUGUCCUGAUCAAGGUGGAUGCUUGAGGUCUGACAAAGGUCCAUGGAAAGAUCCAAAUAUAUUGAAGAUGGUUCAUAGUGGGGAAGCCCGAUGUGCCAGACAAAUUGUUACUGUUUCGAAUGCUGAAGGGAAAAUAAUUGCUUAUGCAAGGCCUAAUUACCCGAUGAUGAAAGGAGGUGAUGCAUCAACUGCAGAGUCAGGAUCUGAAGCUGAAGAUAUGGUUUCACCAAAAGCCCUGAGGAGAUAUCCGUCAACCAUUCGGUUAACUCCAGUUCGUGAAGAAGCUAAGCUAUCCGCUAAACCAAAUCCUUUUGUAGAAUAUGAUGAAUAUGUUCCCAUGGUUGACAAGCCUGUGGAUGCUAGUUGGAAGAAAGAAGUAUCUGCACAAAAGGCACCUGUUCCUAAAGGUUCAUUUCCUCUGGGUGAUGCAAACAAGAUUGCUACAGGGAUGCAUGCCCAAGUUUUUGCUGGAAUAAUGGCCUUCCUGGUGACCCUUUUUGCUGUGGUGCGUACCCUUGUCAGCCGUGUGACUAAGACGCUUCCAGACAGAAGAUUGUAUCAGGAUUACCAUGAUGCCAUUUUCCCAUUUGAUCCAACACCUAAGGAAGAAUUCCGUCCUCCUUCACCAUCUCCGAGGUUCACUGAGAAUGACCUUCUCCCUUCUGUUUUGAAACGACUGGGAGAGCUUGAGGAGAAGGUUGAUGCAUUGCAAGCAAAGCCAACAGAGAUGCCGUCUGAAAAAGAGGAGCUGUUGAAUGCUGCUGUCCGCCGUGUCGAUGCACUAGAGGCUGAUUUAAUUGCUACAAAAAUUGCUUUGUAUGAUGCUCUAGUCAAACAAGAGGAGCUUCUCGCAUAUAUAGACCGUCAAAGGGAGGCCAAAUUCCGGCACAAGGCGUUCUGUUGGUGAAACGGGGUGACAGAUGCUUGUUGGUUUUUCAACACCUUAGGGUCUACCCUGUGUAAGUUCAGGAUCUUGCCGUGAACUUAUUCUUUAAAAUAGUCGCCGUUUACACUGGCAAUGAUGAGUUCUCGUUAAAUAUUGUCAUGUAAUUACACACAAGCCCGGCGAAAACAUUAAUGCCUUAUAUAAAUAUAGAGGAGAUCUGUUGGUUGCUUA